AUGCAAGAUGGCACGCAGGUAGUUGGUAAAGUACCAAAUCCCAACGCUGGGCGGGCUCACAAUACCACCGCUAGUGAAGUGGCCACAAUGGACUUUGCUAGAAAUUGCCUAGGUACCCCCGUGCCUAGAGUGCUAGCUUGGAGUUCCAAGGCAACAGAGAACCCCUUUGGCGCGGAAUACAUCAUAAUGGAGAAGGUUGCAGGUGUCCCACUGGAUAAAAUAUGGGCAAGCUUAGACAUCAAGCAGAGAUUUGGAGUCGUGAAAUCAAUCUCAAGAUACCAAAGAGCUUGGAUGUCAACAGCAUUUGCCGAAUAUGGGAGUCUAUACUAUUCAUCCGAUUUGCCUAAUGCCGAUGGAUGCAUUCUCACGAAAGAGGAUGGAUCCCAAAUCAAGGAGCAUUUCUUUGCUGUCGGCCAUUCAACAGAAUAUGGCCCAACUACCCCGGUCGCCUUUGGCCCUAUACGGUCCCGGCCAUAUAACCCUUCCCGUGCGAAAAAGGCUGCCGCUCUUCAGAAUUAUCUACGUCUGGUGAAGUUUCUUUCUCCUUUGGACCAUUCAAUCUCAUGUGCUGUAUUGUGGCACCCCGACCUCCACGGCGAGAAUAUAUCUGUAAACCCCGAAAAGCCAUGGGAAGUACUAGGUAUUAUUGACUGGCAGUCGAGUGAACUGCUACCACUCUUUGAACAAGCCCGUCAGCCAUAUUUCCUCGACUAUGAUGGUCCAGUUGUCGAAGGAUUGGAUCCGCCGCCAUUCCCCGAAAACUUUGAUCAACUCGAUCCCGCAGAGCAAGCAGAAGCCCAGAGCCUGUAUAUGAACAUGUCACUCAGCGCGUUAUAUCGACGGUUCACAUGUGCCAACAACGAGAGACUAUUUAGAGCCAUGGGAUGUCGACAGACCUCCAGUUUUGAGAUGAUGUUGUUUGCUCACAAUAUCUUGGUCGACGGAGAGGCGCUGUAUCAAUCUAGGAUGCUCGAAUUAGAAGAAGAGUGGCAAUGUUUGCCAGGUGUCCAGGCCGCAGGAAACCCGCCGAUACCGAUCAGAUUUUCCGCUGACGAGGCUAACUCGAUUGAAGAGGAUGUCGUUGGCACAAUUAGGGCUAUGGAACUAAUGCGGAGCGUGAAACAGUCGUUGGGUAAUUUAUGGCCUGAGAAGGGGGUUGUCUCGCCUGGCCAAUAUGACCAAGUGAAAAUGCUUAUGAGCCAAGCUAAGGCUGAGAUAGUUGCUCCUCUCGCCAGUUCUGAGCAGGACAAAGUUGCAUGGGAAAAGGCAUGGCCGUAUGAUGAAUGA